CCAGAAAGCCCCAUAUACCCUCCCCCAGCCUGGAACUUCACGCCACCCACAAACCGUCAGAUUCUUGCUGCAAUCCAUCGCAUGAAAAACGGCAAAGCCACAAAACCAGGAACAAUCCCAAAUGACCUUUUCAAAGCUACUGCGCAACUGAUAGUCCCAUUCUUAGGACCCAUCUAUCACGCCACAUUCACACUCAAAAUCUACCCAGACGCAUGGUCGGCAACAGAAACAAUAGUGCUUAAAAAACCAGGACGGCCAGACUACCAAGACCCAAAUGCGUGGCGCCCAAUCACCCUAUCUAACGGACACGGGAGACUAAUGAAUGCUUGUAUUGCAGAGGAGAUCACCAAACGAGCAGAACUCCUUGGCCUCCUCCCAGCUAUGCAAUUCGGA